GAAACAUACUUGACAAGCACGGGAUUACUCACAUUGGUGCUAAGCUUGGAAGAAGCCAGACAUAGACAGGCAAUGUGCAAUUUUACCACUCAGCUUUUCUCUGAACUGAAUUCUUCCACUUCUGAAAGCAAUAUCAGGAAGCUGUUCUAAGCAUGCUAGAAAGAGACUGGAGGGGAUUUUCACAAAUACAGGAUGCUAUCUCUGCUUACCUGAGAGGCAUGUGACCUGUAGGCUUUCUGAACCAGGUGAACUGGAGAUAUCUGUAUUGGCACCUUGUCUCCAUGUGGCUGAAAGACAACAGAUGAGACCAGACACUACAAGCGGGAUUGUACGAUGAGCGGCUACAGGCUUUCAUUAGCAGAAGCUGUGGAUCAUAACCUUAACAAGAGCAACGUUCAUACCAAUGAUGUGUGGAGCAUCAGUGGAAGUGGUCCAUGGCUCCUGGCAGUCAUUAUGUCCCUCAUUAUUCUGAUGACAGCUUGUGGGAACAUCCUGUUAAUAGCACUGGUGCUUGCCCACCGGUCAUUACGCUGCACGUCAAACUGCUUUCUUGUGUCCCUCUUUCUAUCUGACUUGAUGGUAGCGCUGGUGGUUAUGCCUCCUGCCAUGUUGAACGUGCUCUGUGGGACAUGGGUACUCUCUCCCGGGUUCUGCCCGGUCUGGCUUUGCUUUGACGUCAUGUGCUGCAGCGCCUCCAUCCUGAACUUAUGUGUGAUCAGCCUGGACCGCUACCUCCUCAUUAUCUCUCCAUUACGCUAUAAGCAGCGAAUGACCCCUCCCCGGGCUUUGCUGCUUGUGGGUGGUGCCUGGGGUUUGGCAGCACUAACUUCCUUCCUGCCAAUUGAGAUGGACUGGCACAGUCUGGGCCGUACGCAGGACCAUUCCGGGCAUGACAUAAUCAACACCACUGUCCCAUGGUUAAGCUCUUACUACCCAACUUCAUACUUCCAGAUCUCCAACUCUGGCAUGCUGUCUUUGCAAUGCCGCCUGCGUGUCACGUUGCCUUUUGCCUUGGUUGCCACUUUCCUCACUUUUUUCCUUCCAUCGACGGCCAUUUGUUUUACUUACUGCCGCAUCCUACUGGCCGCAAGGAGGCAGGCACGUCAAGUAGAAGCUCUUACAUAUCCUCCGUACCCACAACAUUCACCUGGAGAACCGUCCCGUCCUCCAUCACUUGGACAUGCUGCUCAAGAAAUAGAUGACUACAGCCAACAGGAUCCUCCAGUGAUUCACCAGGCUCCGCUGUCAGUAAACAGCGAAAGGCGUCUGGCUCACAGACAGGGAAAGAAGGCGCUGAAGGCUAGUUUAACACUUGGAGUGCUGUUGGGGCUGUUCUUCAGUGCAUGGCUGCCCUUCUUCAUCACCAAUAUGGCACAGGCUGUUUGCGAGUGUGUGCCUCCUUCACUAUUUGAUGCCAUUACUUGGCUUGGUUACUGUAACAGCACCAUGAACCCGAUUAUCUACCCGUUGUUCAUGAGGGAUUUUAAGAGAGCAUUAGGGCGAUUGUUGCCCUGCUGCUGUUCCUCUCACAUCCGUAGAAGGCCAUCUCCUCCACUCUCCCUUUCUCUGCGCAAUUCAGGAGAGCCUCAGUUACAGAUAGAGCCACCAUCGACUGCUUCAGACCCGCCACAGCCACCUGCUACAGCCACAGACGCUGUAAACCUGCUUGACGCAGAACACGCCGAGAUUCACCUGCCUUUACUUCUGCCCAACCAGGUAGAUACGCUGGACUGAAAGUGCCCCUACUGAAAAACACAUGGUGGACAUAUGAAUGCAUAUAGCUUACACAUGAAAUGAACUAAGACAGAAUGAAAACAUGGCAGUAAGUGUUAACAUUCUAUUAAGGCCGGCUUGUUGAAAUCGUCACCCUUGCCGAAACCGUGUGGGGGUGGUGUUAAGACAACCAAACCAAGACAUCACAAUGUGUGGAUGAGCAUGCAC